UGUAGACCGGCAUCUUCGAAGACAGAUAGAAAAUUUACAUUAAAAACUUUUUAACAACAAAAAUUAUCAUCAUCUAUGAUUUCUAGUAAUCUCAUUUAAUCAGUCAUCAUGCGUACUGUGUUGAUGGUUGCCGAGAAACCUUCGCUGGCUCAAGCUGUAGCAAAGAUCCUGUCAAAUGGGAACAUGAACAGUAGAAAAGGAAUGAAUGGUGCUUGUUCAGUUCACGAAUACGCUGGGAAAUUUAAUGGAGAAAACGUCAAAUUUAAAAUGACGUCUGUGUGUGGCCAUGUGAUGGGAGUUGACUUCAUUGGCAAAUAUAAUAACUGGGAUAAAGUUGAUCCGGUUGAAUUAUUCACUGCUACAAUACAGAAGAAAGAAGCAACACCCAAUCUGAGGAUGCCAGCUUUCUUGGCGAAAGAGGGUCAGGGUAUGGACUUCCUUGUUCUGUGGCUGGACUGUGACAAAGAAGGAGAAAACAUUUGUUUUGAGGUGAUUGAUUGUGUCAAACCAGUCAUGAACAGAGUACAGGGACAGCAAAUCUACCGGGCUCACUUCAGUGCGAUCACCGAGACGGACAUUAAACGUGCGAUGCAUCAGCUUGGUGAACCCAACAAGAACGAAUCUCUCUCUGUCGAUGCCAGACAGGAGCUCGACCUCAGAAUUGGAUGUGCUUUCACUCGCUUUCAGACCAAGUUUUUUCAGGGCAAGUAUGGAGAUUUGGACAGUACGCUGAUUUCUUAUGGGCCAUGUCAGACUCCAACUCUUGGCUUCUGUGUGGAACGUCAUGAUCGCAUUCAGUCAUUCAAACCGGAACCCUACUGGGUCAUUGAGGUUCAGGUGACGCACCCUGAUGGCAAGGUUCUGAAGCUGGACUGGGAGCGAGUGCGGAUAUUCGACAAGGAAGUCGCUCAGAUGUUUGUUAACAUCAUAAAGGCGGGAGGUGGAGCUCGAGUUCUCUCUGUGGUUAAGAAAGAAAAAUCAAAAGCUCGUCCACUGGCUCUUAACACAGUGGAGUUACUCAGAAUAGCCAGUUCAGGACUUGGGAUGAGUCCACACCACACGAUGCAGUUAGCCGAGCGACUGUACACCCAGGGGUACAUCAGCUACCCCCGCACAGAGACUACCUCCUACCCAGAAAACUUUGAUCUCAAGGGAACUCUCCGACAGCAAAUUUCAAGUCCUGACUGGGGAAACUUUGUGCGAGACCUUCUGGAAAUGGGUAUUCAGAAACCACGAAAGGGAAGUGAUGCAGGAGACCACCCCCCAAUUACACCAAUGAAGGCUGCCUCUGAGUCUGCCCUUGACCACGAUAGCUGGAGACUGUAUGAUUACAUCACCAGACAUUUCAUAGCAACCCUGUCUCCGGACUGUACGUACCUGCAGACAACGGUUUCGUUUGAGAUUGGUGCGGAGAAAUUCUCGUGUACGGGGAAAACGCUGCUGGACCCGGGCUACACGAGCGUCAUGGAGUGGCAAGCGAUCACCAGUGAUGAGGUGAUGCCCAUCUUCAACAAGGAGCAGAUCGUCCCGGUCGACAGUGUGCGGCUGGUUGAGAAGCAGACGUCUCCGCCCGACUACCUGACAGAGUCCGAGCUGAUCACGCUAAUGGAGAAGCACGGCAUCGGCACUGACGCCAGCAUCCCCGUCCACAUCAACAACAUCUCCGAACGCAACUACGUCAACAUCAUCGCCGGGAGAAAACUCAAACCAACACCUCUGGGAAUAGUUCUUGUGCAUGGCUACCAGAAGAUUGAUGCAGAUCUGGUUCUGUCAACGAUGCGCUCCGCCGUGGAACAACAGUUGAACCUGAUUGCCGCCGGGAAGGCUGACUUCUACGCCGUCAAACAACAUGCCCUUGACAUCUUCCACCUCAAGUUCUGUUACUUUGUCGAGAACAUCCCGGGAAUGGACGAGCUGUUUGAAGUGACCUUUUCAUCGUUAGCUGAUAGUGGUCGACCACUGUCAAGAUGUGGAAAAUGUCGCCGGUUUAUGAAGCUGAUCCAGGCAAAGCCGUGUCGACUCCACUGCCCAUCAUGUGAUGAGACGUACUCGCUACCUCAGAACGGAAACAUCAAACUCUACAAGGAGAUUCGCUGCCCACUCGACGAGUUUGAGCUCCUUCUCUGGACAACGGGGGCGAAAGGAAAGAGUUACCCGCUGUGUCCGUACUGUUACAGUCACCCUCCUUUUAAGGACAUGCGUAAGGGUAUGGGCUGUAACGAGUGCACCCACCCGACCUGCCAGCAUGCUGUGGUGCGGAACGGGGUCGCCGAGUGCAUGGAGUGUGAUAACGGCAUUCUCAUCCUCGACCAGACAUCAGCGCCCAAGUGGAGGAUGGCGUGCAAUAAAUGCAGCGUCGUGAUCAAUUUCUUUGAGAAUGCCUCCAAGAUCAACAUAAGGGAUAACUUGUGUAACGACUGUGGUGCUAAUAUCGUGGAGGUGGGAUAUAAGAACAAGUCUCCAUUUCCCGAAGAAUGCGAGGAGCACGUAGGUUGUGUUUUCUGUGAUCCAAUCUUCAAGCCAGUUGUGGAGAAACACCACGCCAUUGCCAUGUACAGUCGACGUGGCCGAGGCGGGUCACGGGGGAGGGGUGGACGUGGGAGGGGCAGAGGAAGGGGGAGGGGUGGCAGAGGUCGAGGAAAACCUAAAGACAAAAUGGCACAGCUGGCAGCAUACUUUGUAUGAACAUGUCUGUUUACUACCGCCUUAUCAUUAGCAAAAUAGUGGUUAACGUAUGCAUGAUUUAAGGAAUGUAGUUUCCAUUAGCCAAACACUAGAAAAGCAUGUAGAGUCCAUUGGUCACUUAAAACUAAACUAGUUUCUUACUUGUUUGUUUGUUUAUGUUUAAGGUACCGGUAUAUAUAUUGAAUAUAUAUAAUAUACUUAGCAGUUUCAAAAAUAUGUUACAAUCAUUAGUCGAUUCAGUGCAGUUUAGCAAUAAGAAAAAAAAAAAUGUUAUUUUAGUUAAGCUUAUUAUCUUCUCUGAAAUAUUGUUAGACUAUUAAUAAUUGCUUACUAAUUGUCAUUUUUGUAAAUAUAGAGUUUGGUGCAUUAUCAACCCUCAGUUAGCAAGAUCUAUUUGCUGUAUAAAAGAUAUUGUCAAUAUAUAUAUUUAUUUACA